UCGGCGUUGGAAAAAAAGGGGGAAGGGUUGCGGAAGGGUACACUGAGGACAUCCGAAAUUCAUUUUUUGUCAAGUGGUUUUUUGGGAAAUAUUUCUUGUUUGUUCCUGGAAUUUAGGGGUGGAGCGGAUACCGGUAUUAAGCGUUUGUGCUAAAGCGAGCGCGAGGUCAGCGUAACGGCCAGACCAUGCGGGCAAAGCGGACUAAUUCACUCGGCGGAAGCGCAGCGCGCUGUGUAGAGCUGCUCUGAGGGUGGGACUGAAUGAGCAGAGAGGAUCGGGCUGGUAGAGUCAGAAGCCGGACAGAUAUAUAAAUUUACACCAUAUUUUAAACGGAAGGCUUUUUGGUGCCUAUAAGACUAGAACAUUAUUAUUUCUUGCUCGUGUCCCCCUCCCCCUUUUCCUUUUUUCCUUAUUAUAACAGAAGGCAAGAAUGGCUCAGAUACUGCCUAUACGUUUUCAGGAACAUCUGCAGCUGCAGAGCCUGGGCGUGAACCCGGCCAACAUCGGCUUCAGCUACCUGACCAUGGAGUCGGACCGCUUCAUCUGCAUCCGCGAGAAGGUGGGCGAGCAGAACCAGGUGGUGAUCAUCGACAUGAACGACCCCACCAACCCCAUCCGCCGACCCAUCAGCGCAGACAGCGCCAUCAUGAACCCCACCAGCAAGGUCAUCGCCCUCAAAGCUGCUAAGACGCUGCAGAUCUUCAACAUCGAGAUGAAGAGCAAGCUGAAGGCGCACACCAUGGUGGAGGAGGUGAUGUUCUGGAAGUGGAUCUCGGUGAACACGGUGGCGCUGGUGACGGAGUCCGCCGUGUUCCACUGGGGCAUGGAGGGCGACUCGCAGCCGCUCAAGAUGUUCGACCGCCACGCCAGCCUGGCCGGCUGCCAGAUCAUCAACUACAGAACCGACGAGCAGCAGAAGUGGCUCCUGCUCAUUGGCAUCUCCGCCCAGCAAAACCGGGUGGUGGGCGCCAUGCAGCUGUACUCGGUGGACAGGAAGGUGUCCCAGCCAAUCGAAGGCCACGCUGCUGCUUUCGCUCAGUUCAAGGUGGAGGGAAACGCCAAACCCUCCACCCUCUUCUGCUUCGCUGUGAGGAGCCAGGCCGGGGGGAAGCUGCACAUAAUAGAGGUGGGCCAGCCUGCCGCUGGGAAUCAGCCGUUUGCUAAGAAGGCCGUGGACGUGUUCUUCCCCCCCGAGGCGCAGACCGACUUCCCCGUGGCCAUGCAGAUUGGUACCAAACACGGCGUCAUCUACCUGAUCACCAAGUACGGCUACAUUCACCUGUAUGACCUGGAGUCCGGCGUGUGCAUCUACAUGAACCGCAUCAGCGCAGAGACCAUCUUCGUCACCGCCCCCCACGGCCCCACCUCCGGCAUCAUCGGGGUCAACAAGAAGGGCCAGGUUCUGUCGGUGUGCGUGGAGGAGGAGAACAUAGUGAGCUACGCCACCAGCGUGCUGCAGAACCCGGACCUGGGCCUGCGCAUGGCCGUGCGCAGCAACCUGGCCGGCGCAGAGGAGCUCUUCGCCCGCAAGUUCAGCACGCUGUUCGCCCAGGGGAGCUACUCGGAGGCCGCCAAAGUCGCCGCGUCCGCCCCUAAGGGCAUCCUGCGCACGGCCGACACCAUCCGGAAGUUCCAGAGCGUCCCGGCGCAGCCCGGCCAGGCCUCGCCCCUGCUGCAGUAUUUCGGCAUCCUGCUGGACCAGGGCCAGCUCAACAAGUUUGAGUCCCUGGAGCUGUGCAGGCCCGUCCUGCAGCAGGGCCGCAAGCAGCUGCUGGAGAAGUGGCUCAAAGAGGACAAGCUGGAGUGCUCGGAGGAGCUGGGUGAUUUGGUGAAGAGUGCGGACCCCACUCUGGCCCUCAGUGUGUACCUGCGGGCCAACGUCCCCAACAAGGUCAUCCAGUGCUUCGCCGAGACCGGCCAGUUCCAGAAGAUCGUGCUGUACGCCAAAAAGGUGGGGUACUCCCCGGACUGGAUCUUCCUCCUGAGGAGCGUGAUGCGGGUCAGCCCAGAACAGGGCCUGCAGUUCGCCCAGAUGCUGGCCCAGGAAGAGGAGCCGCUGGCCAACAUCAACCAGAUGGUAGACGUGUUCAUGGAGAGCAGUCUGAUCCAGCAGUGCACGUCCUUCCUGCUGGACGCUCUGAAGAACAACAGGCCAGCGGAGGGCCACCUGCAGACUCGCCUGCUGGAGAUGAACCUCAUCCACGCCCCCCAGGUUGCUGAUGCGAUCCUGGGGAACCAGAUGUUCACUCACUACGACCGCGCCCACAUCGCCCAGCUGUGCGAGAAGGCGGGGCUUCUGCAGCGCGCGCUGGAGCACUACACCGACCUGUACGACAUCAAACGCACCGUGGUGCACACACACCUGCUCAACCCUGAGUGGCUGGUGAACUUCUUCGGCUCGCUGUCGGUGGAGGACUCGGUGGAGUGCCUGAGGGCCAUGCUGUCCGCCAACAUCCGGCAGAACCUGCAGCUCUGCGUGCAGGUGGCCUCCAAGUACCACGAGCAGCUGGGCACCCAGAACCUGGUGGAGCUCUUCGAGUCCUUCAAGAGCUACGAAGGGCUCUUCUACUUCCUGGGCUCCAUUGUGAACUUCAGCCAGGACCCCGACGUCCAUUUUAAGUACAUCCAGGCGGCCUGCAAAACGGGACAGAUCAAGGAGGUGGAGCGGAUCUGCCGGGAGAGCAACUGCUACGACCCGGACCGAGUCAAGAACUUCCUCAAGGAGGCCAAGUUAACAGACCAGCUGCCGUUGAUCAUCGUUUGCGAUCGUUUUGACUUUGUGCACGACCUGGUUCUGUACCUGUACAGGAACAGCCUGCAGAAGUACAUCGAGAUCUACGUGCAGAAGGUGAACCCCAGCCGUCUGCCCGUGGUGAUUGGGGGGCUGCUGGACGUGGACUGCUCGGAGGACGUGAUUAAGAACCUGAUCAUGGUGGUGCGAGGCCAGUUCUCCACCGACGAGCUGGUGGCCGAGGUGGAGAAGAGGAACAGGCUGAAGCUCCUGUUGCCGUGGCUGGAGUCUCGUAUCCAUGAGGGCUGUGAGGAGCCGGCCACCCACAACGCCCUGGCCAAGAUCUACAUCGACAGCAACAACAACCCCGAGCGCUUCCUGCGGGAGAACCCCUUCUACGACAGCGCGGUGGUGGGGCGCUACUGCGAGAAGAGGGACCCCCACCUGGCCUGCGUGGCCUACGAGCGCGGGGAGUGCGACCUGGACCUCAUCAAGGUGUGCAAUGAGAACUCCCUCUUCAAGAGCGAGGCGCGCUACCUGGUGCGCCGGAAAGAUGCGGACCUGUGGGCCAACGUUCUGGAGGAGAGCAACCCCUUCAGACGGCAGCUGAUCGAUCAGGUGGUGCAGACGGCCCUGUCGGAGACGCAGGACCCCGAGGAGGUCUCCGUGACGGUGAAGGCCUUCAUGACGGCCGACCUGCCCAACGAGCUCAUCGAGCUGCUGGAGAAGAUCGUGCUGGACAACUCCGUCUUCAGCGAGCACCGGAACCUGCAGAACCUCCUGAUCCUGACGGCGAUCAAAGCGGACCGCACGCGCGUGAUGGAGUACAUCAACCGCCUGGACAACUACGACGCGCCCGACAUCGCCAACAUCGCCAUCAGCAACGAGCUCUUCGAGGAGGCCUUCGCCAUCUUCCGCAAGUUCGACGUCAACACCUCCGCUAUCCAGGUGCUGAUCGAGCACAUCGGGAACCUGGACCGGGCGUACGAGUUUGCGGAGCGCUGCAGCGAGCCGGCGGUGUGGAGCCAGCUGGCCCGGGCCCAGCUGCAGCAGGAGCUGGUCAAGCAGGCCAUCGACUCCUACAUCAAAGCAGACGACCCGUCCGCCUACAUGGAGGUGGUCAGCGCCGCCAGCAAGAGCAGUAACUGGGAGGACCUGGUGAAGUUCCUGCAGAUGGCGAGGAAGAAGGCUCGGGAGGCGUAUGUGGAGACGGAGCUCAUCUUCGCUCUGGCCAAAACCAACCGCCUGGCCGAGCUGGAGGAGUUUGUGAGCGGCCCCAACAACGCCCACAUCCAGCAGGUGGGGGACCGUUGCUAUGACGAGGGCAUGUACGACGCCGCCAAGCUGCUGUACAACAACGUGUCGAACUUCGCCCGCCUGGCGUCCACGCUGGUGCACCUGGGCGAGUACCAGGCGGCCGUGGACAGCGCCCGCAAGGCCAACAGCACCCGCACCUGGAAAGAGGUGUGCUUCGCCUGUGUGGAUGGGACGGAAUUCCGGCUGGCCCAAAUCUGCGGCCUGCACAUCGUUAUCCACGCUGACGAGCUGGAGGAGCUCAUCGGCUACUACCAGGACCGGGGGUACUUUGAGGAGCUGAUCGCCCUGCUGGAAGCCGCGUUGGGGCUGGAGCGCGCUCACAUGGGCAUGUUCACAGAGCUGGCCAUCCUCUACUCCAAAUUCAAACCGCAGAAGAUGAGGGAACACCUGGAGCUCUUCUGGUCCCGAGUCAACAUCCCGAAGGUGCUGCGGGCGGCGGAACAGGCACACCUGUGGGCGGAGCUGGUCUUCCUGUACGAUAAAUACGAGGAGUACGACAACGCCGUCAUCACCAUGAUGAACCACCCCACCGACGCCUGGAAAGAGGGCCAGUUUAAGGACAUCAUCCCCAAGGUAGCCAAUGUGGAGCUGUACUACAAAGCCUUGCAGUUCUACCUGGACUACAAGCCCCUGCUGAUUAACGACCUCCUGACCGUCCUGUCCCCCCGACUCGACCACACCCGAGCCGUCUCCUUCUUCUCUAAGAUGACCCAGCUGCAGCUGGUGAAGCCGUACCUGCGAUCAGUGCAGAGCCACAAUAACAGAGGAGUGAACGAGGCCUUGAACAGCCUGCUGACGGAGGAGGAGGACUUCCAGGGUCUGCGGGCGUCCAUCGACGCGUACGACAACUUCGACAACAUCAGCCUGGCGCAGCGGCUGGAGGGGCACGAGCUGGUGGAGUUCCGCCGCAUCGCCGCGUACCUGUACAAGGGAAACCACCGCUGGACCCAGAGCGUGGAGCUCUGCAAGAAGGACCGCCUGUAUAAGGAUGCCAUGCUGUACGCAGCGGAGUCGAAGGACGCGGAGCUGGCGGAGAAGCUGCUGCAGUGGUUCCUGGAGGAGGGGAAGAAGGAGUGCUUCGCCGCCUGUCUGUUCGCCUCGUACGACCUGCUCCACCCCGACGUGGUGCUGGAGCUGGCCUGGAGACACAACAUCAUGGACUUCGCUAUGCCCUACUUCAUCCAGCUCAUGAGGGAGUACCUGACCAAAGUUGAUGAGGUUGCGGAGAAGGUGACGGUCGACAAACUGGAAGCUUCAGAAAGCCAAAGGAAAACGGAGGAGGAAGUGACAGAGCCGACUCCAAUAGUGUUCGGGCAGCAGCUGAUGUUGACAGCAGGCCCAGGAGCAGUGCCCCCCCAGGCGGGGUACCCCGCUUACGGCUACAGCGCUCCGGGGUACAGCCAGCCCCCCUACGGGUACAACAUGUAAACGCACCCCAAAAACACGGAGAGGCCCCGGGACACGCACCCUGCGCAGCAUGAAGACCGCUCCUCCUGCACCUUGCCGAAAAACAGCCGUUCCUCUCUGUUUAUUACUCCCAGCCCGCGUACUCCACUUCCUGUCCCAUCACACCUCGGGGGGGGGGCGGGGUCUGACUGACAGCGCUGCUUUAGGACUGGCUGUGGCGGCCGGUGGAGGUGGGCGGAGCUUACAGGUGCAGAAGAGCUCCAGGAAGACCCGCCUCUUUCCCGCCAUUCCACCCCAGAGUGGCGCAUGCGGGCGUCACACACGGGUCUGUGCGCUAGAUUACCCAUCAGCCACCUGCUCGAGCGCAGCGCCACACGCGCACCGGCAUGCAGUCUGUGGGGGCUUUAACAGGCUGGAGAAUGGCGCCCCCCUGUGGAUUAGCACUGUAUAUCGCUGAGAAAGGUUCACAUUGGUCUUUACCUCCGUGUAGUUUUAACCGAACCUGGUCAUUAAAAAGGGCGUUUUAGUUGCUUUCAGUGUUUCCCAGCGGUUAAAGGUGCAGAGUUUCCCACGAGGGGGGGUCCACAGUUUGACCGAACGUGGGGGGGGGGGGGGGGGAAACGCUGCUGGUGUCUGUGCAUGUGCUGUGACAUUCAUGUGUGAUGCUGUAACAAUGCAGAACGGAGCACAAUUUUCAAUGUUAUAUGAGAUAUUACUAACGUCAUGUAAAGACCCUUAAUCGCGUAGUGUGAAGCCUUCGCCAUCUCGCUUCUCAAGUCGACGUUCGAGGUGAAGAGGAGUUCUCAAUGUUACUGACGCUCUGGGAGAGAGAAACACUAAGGGGUGUAACUGCAAACAUCUGUGCCACUUUUUCAGAAUAGUAUAAUCAUUUUAAUGUACUGAAAAUAAUGUAUAAUUUAUGGUAAUGAAAUGUUGCUAUUCCUAAUUAAUCAAAAGUCCAAUAUAAUGUAAAACCAUAUGUAUUGUUUAGAGUGUAUUGUUGUAGUCUUAAGCAUAAUAGUUUUUUAAUAUACACAAAAAAGGAGUCUUCAGCACGUCUGCUUGCCGCAAAGAUAUUAUUUUUAUUUAAGUAGCAGCAAAGAGAAUGUUCUGGAGCCCCCAGUAUUACUGUUCCCUGGUCUUUGUGCCAUGUUUGGGGGUGGAGCUUCGGUGGGGGUGGAGCUCUGUGGGGGCGGAGCUUUGCUGGGGGGUGGAGCUCUGUGGGGGCGGAGCUUUGAUGGGAGGUGCUCUGCUCUCGCAGUGCCAUGUUGUACAGACGUCGUCUGAAUUUGUGUUUCUGAGGACAAUAUGAGCUGUGCAGCGUUCCCCACCCAACUCACACAGGUCACACCUUCAGAAGGAUAAAUAAAUGAAGUUUACACACA